AUGGACAAAACGCGGAAGACAGAAGAUGAGAGGGGAAAAGACACGGCGGAGAAGGAAAUGCCGACGCCGGUGAUAAUCUCCGGAGGAGACUAUAACGAGGACGAGUAUACCCCGGACGAAAUCAUGCAGCUCGUCGAGUCUUCUUCACCGACGACGACGAACACCGAGGGAACUAACUUUCCCGGCGAAGCGAGUUUCAGAGUGAGGUUCAUCGACGAUCCGUACGAAAUUCCGGUGGCUGUCCAGUCAUCUUCCGGCUACAUCACGAUCAACGUGAACGAGGAGAGCUGUGGUCCUUCGUUUUCGGACAGCGACGCUUCCGCCAUGGCGAGCGUCGACGCAAGUGGACUGUUCAGAGGUUGCUGCCUCGGUUUCAACGGCGAAAAAGGCGGAGCGUGGGGUGCAAACAAUGUAGGAGCGAGUGAGUGCGAGUGGGACGACGAUUUGCUGGCAAGGUUUCUAGGUGAAGACAGUGUUUGACCAAUGUGUGUCGUCUUGCGGAGAAAGCUUUCCAAGAGGUCGGGGGCAUUUUGGUCAAUUCGAUGGACUGUAGCUAAGUGAAAAUGAUCUUACCGCUGGUUGUUAAUAGGAGCAGAAAAAGGAAAAAAUCAGCGAAUGGUAGCAAGGACUAAGGAGUAGAGUAGCUGCGUAAUUUAAUGUUGACCAUUAUGCUAAAUCAUGUCACGUGACGGUACUAAUGAGUAUAUGGUUUUAGCUUCAGGGAGCUAUUAUGUAAAUUUUGCAAGUAUUAAAUCCCCCGUUAAAGU